AUGUUCAAUUUCUCGGCAUUUGCCGUUGCCCUCCUGGCAGGCUCUGCUGUGGCAAUCGAUUUUAAGGUCAAUGAUGAGCAAUCUAUCAAGAAUGCGGCGGCGACUGCAGCCUUCAACACCAUGUCAACCUAUACCUCCAACCUCACAGGACAUAUUCCUGGCAAACUUGAUACAUGGUCGCAGGGCGCUGCCUUGUUCCAGACAAUGAUCGAAUAUUGGUAUUUUACCGGUGACGCCUCCAACAACAAGGCUGUGAGUCAAGGCAUGUAUUGGCAGCGUGGGAACAACGACUACUUCCCUUCCAACUACAGCCAAUAUAUGGGUAACGACGACCAAGUAGCUUGGGGUCUCGCUGCUAUGACCGCUGCCGAACUGAAAUACACCGAAGAUUCAUCGAUGCCCUCGUGGUUGACUCUAGCCGAGGGCGUGUUUCAGUCCCAGAUUGCACGAUGGGAUACUAAGAGUUGCGAUGGCGGCUUGCGCUGGCAAAUCUUCCCGUAUCAGAAUGGAUACAACAUCAAGAAUGCUAUGAGUAACGGCGGACUGUUCCAGCUCUCCGCCCGUCUGGCUAGAUAUACCAAAAACCAGACCUACUCCGACUGGGCUGAGAAGAUCUGGGACUGGAGUGCUAGCGUUCCGAUCCUGAACGUCACCGAAUGGACAAUCAACGACCUGGUGGAGGUUAAAUCCGAUUGCAAGACACACAGUGAUCUCCAGUGGACUUACAGCUACGGAGAAUACAUCAGUGGGGCGGCAUAUAUGUACAACCUGACAAAUGGAGAAACCUCCAAAUGGAAAUCAGGUCUCGAUGGUCUUCUCAACACAAGCUUCCACAAGUUCUUCCCAGAGAAGUACGGUGGUAAGAUCAUGGUAGAGGUCACCUGUGAGCCCUUGAAAACUUGCGACCGAUACCAAGAGGUUUUCAAGGGACUUUUUGCAUCUGACCUUGCGGCUGUCACCCGUAUGGCCCCUCAUACUAAGUCCGAGAUCCUACAAAGAUUGCAGGGCUCCGCUGUUGGAGCCGCCAAGCAAUGUUCUGGUGGAGACAAUGGGACUGUUUGUGGUCAACAGUGGUACAAAGCGAAAUGGGAUGGUACUACAGAUAUGGAGGCCCAACUUAGCGCUACCAGUCUCUUUACCUCCAACCUGGUUGCUUUUGAGCACAUGAAUCUAGCCACCAAAAAUUCAUCGACCUCGACAUCAACUACUCAAAAUGCAUCCAGCACUGCUACUGAGACCCAAGGUGAAGCCACAAGCAGCACUAAGGAUAACGGAGGCAAUUUCUUGAGAAGCCAGUUUGGAUCUAUUGGUCUUGUAUUGUUAGUCUCUGUUCUAGUGCUGUGA